AUGUCUAGAGAAUCAGUUAAUAAUACAUCUCAAUCAAAUAUAACUCUUAUUACAUUAAGUGAUAAUGAAGAUAAUGACGACGACGACGAAGUUAAAAUUAUUGAUCACAAAGAAAAUGUUUCUACCGUGACGGAUGAAGAUAUCAAAGUAGUUUUUGAAAAGGAUCGGGUUUUUUCAGUUCUUAAAACGGUUGAAUUGCAGACAAUUGAUGAUACAAAGUCUGAUGUGAGUUUUGGUACGAGUUCAUUGAUCGAAUCACCGGUAAAAUUAAAUAACACAUUAACACCUGAAUCACCUGAAACUAUUGAAGUAAAAAUUAUUAAAGAAAAUAUUACAAUAAGGAUUCUAGAAACACCUGAAAAAGUUAAAACAAUUAUUGAAGAUAAAAAAAUUGCAAGCUCUCUAGAAACGCUUAAAGAAGUCAAGCCAGAAAUUAGAGAAGAAAAGAUUACAAAUUUAUUAGAAAGACUUGAAAAAUUUAAAAGAGAAAUCAAAGAAGAAGAGACUCAAAAGUCACGAGAAAAAAUUCAAAAAGUUAAACCCGAAAUUAAAGAAGAGAAGAAUACAAAGCCAAUAGAAACACUUCAGAAAGUAAAACCGGAAAUUAAAGAAGAGAAAGUUACAAAGCCAAUAGAAACACCUAAAAAAGUAAAACCUGAAAUUAAACAAGAAAAGAUUAAAAAUUCACCAGAGAGUAAUCAAAAAGUUAAAACAGAUGUUAAAGAAAAUAUCGAUAAAAAUAUAAAAACUAAUAAUGAUACUAAAAAAGUCGUACUUGAGCUAGAAAAUCCAACUGUUGGUGCGAAUAAGCGCAAAAAAUUAAACUGUGAUGAACAAGAUAAUGUGUUACGAGAAAUAAAGCCAGAAAAUGUAAAAGAAGAACAAAAGUUUAAUUAUAAAUCUCACUCGAACUGUGUCAUCAAUCCUCAAAAUAAAAAAUUUAAAAAUGAUUUUAAGUUGAAUGAAAAAGAUGAUAUGAAAUCAGAUACUUUGUCAAGAAGAAAUGAUUUAGAAUAUUCAUCAACUUUAAAGUCCGAAAAUACAUCUAGUAAAUCACAAUCUUCUAAAAAGCCAAUGAAAAUAAUGUUUACGGGUGUUAACUAUCAAGAGUAUGAAAAACCUCUUUCUGAAAUCGGAGGUAUAAUAGUCACUAAUGCGUCGACUGCAGAGAUUUUAGUGACAGAUCAAAUUCGUCGAAAGUUGAAAUUCACUUUAGCCAUAGCACGAGGCAUCCCAAUUGUAUCAGUAAAGUGGAUAAAAACAAGUCUUGAAAGUAAAAAAUUUCAAAAUCCGCUCUCGUAUAUCAUUAAAGAUAUUCGUUUUGAACGUGAAUAUAGUUUUGACUUGCGUGACAGCUUAUUGAAACGACGAAAAAAUUCUAUUUUUGAAGAUUACACGUUUAUUAUUACCCGGAAUGUCCAUCCAAAAUUUUCAGAUUUAUCUGACUUAAUUGAAGCAUCAGGUGGAAGGAUCCUAGUGAAUGCACCUAAGACAUGGAGAGAUCAUACAUUCAUUGUCAGUUGCGAGCAUGAUUUAUCAUCUGCACGACGUAAGAAACUUAAUUCUCCUAGAAAGUCAAUAAUACCGAUCGUCGAAACUUCAUUCAUCAUUGAUUCUAUCUGGAAGCAAAGGAUUAACAUAAAAGAUCAUUUACUCAGUUAUUGA